ACUGUCCCUCCAGGGGCCUGGGGCCCAGCCUGCAGGGCAGCUGACUGGCUGGCCCAGCGGCUGGGGCAACAUCAAGGUCCGGGGGCGGAGGCCCCUCAGGCCUGGCUCAGCUGAUGGGCAGGCGGUCUGCUUAAUGAAGCCAGCCUGAGCCUUUGCCGACACCCACGGGGAGGGUAUAAGCCCAGACUGGGCCCAAGGAGCAUGUCCUGUGGCUUUGGGGAGCUGGCCCCAGUCCCUGCUGGCCAGACAUGAGGGGCAACUUGCUUGCAGCCCUGCUGGGGCUGCUCGUGGUGCUGGUGGCUGGCAAGGAGGACUUGGACCUCCAGAACUUCAACUUGACCCAGGUGGCUGCGUCAGGGCGCCCGCCAUGGUGAACGGCCGAGCCGGCUGGAGGGAGCCUGGAGGCCCCUGGGAACACACUCCCUCUAGGGCCCCUGCCAGCUCCAGGCAUGCGGGGCCCGGGAAUCCCCCAGACCACUGUCCUGGGCUGGGGGAGGCCCUGAUACCAGCGGCAGGCCCCCCUCCAAGGCAGUCCCCCUCCAGCUUGCUGUCCCCCCAGUUUUCAGGUAUGUGGUACGAGAUUGCCUUGGCCUCCAACCUGGAGCACCAGAGCUCGUCCCCACAGCGGAAGGUGGGGGCCGUGAUAGUGGAACAGGACGGGCCCCACCUCAGCCUGACCUCCGUGUCUGACCACAUGAACCUAUGCAUGAAGGAGAAGAACCAGGCCGUGAAGGGGGACGCCCCCGGGAAGUUCAAGAUCCCUUUACAGUCUGGAGGCAAAGAGGUCAUCGUGGUGGCCACGGACUACAAGACCUACGCCAUCAUGAACAUCAUCCUGAACAGAGGCGGGAAGCCCAGCAGCGUGCUGAAGCUCUACAGCCGGACCUUGGAGCACAAUGAGGAGGCCACAGAGAAGUUCGUGGAGAAGGCCGUGGAGCAGGGGCUGUCGGUCUCGAAUGUGCAGCUGCUCACCAAGCACUUGACCUGUGUGAACCUGCUGCCCUAA